UCGCCGGUAGUACGCUGUCCAGCUGUUUACUUUUGUUUGCCAAAUUAUCGUUGACCUCCGCGUAAUCGAAAUUACUUCAAUCGCUUAUGAUAAACUAUUAUCAGUUACAAAAUAAUUAAUGUUAUGAAGUAAAGGAGGAACAAUUAAUUAUAUAUUUUAGACGUAGCAGUAUGGAAGGAUUGAAGAAACACUGAACGUUGCAAGUUUAUCAUAGCAAGAUUACUCCGUUGAUAAAUAACACUACAAACAUGUCAAAUAUCGAGACGAAUAAUAACAUGAAUAAAACAGAUGACAACAAUCACAAGCCGAUACACCAAAUAAGAGACGUGGAAAGGGGUAAAGGUGCAAGCAGUUCUACCAUACCCUGGCUGACGAUUCUAGUGAUGGUAUUCGCGUUGGCCGCUUUGGCAGCGGCCGUCGCCGUCACCUGGGUGUUCUGGACCUGGCAAGCUGGGGUCGUUGUCCUCGCCAUCCUGCUUGUUCUAUACGUGUUGGCCUAUUUCUGGCACUUUUUGUGGAUUGCUGUUCAAACUGCCCCACGGGACUUAAAGGCUUUGUACUGCUAUAUUAAAAUUUUGCGACUAUCAAAAACCUACACAAAGAAAAAUUGGUCCAUGCCUGACAUUUUCCACGAGGCGGUUAAGAAGCAUCCGAAGAAGAUUUGCUUUCUUUUUGAGGAAGAAAAAUGGACUUUCCAGCAGGUAGAAGAAUACAGCCUUCGAGUAUCAGCUGUCCUCAAGGCAUACGGCGUAAAGCGUGGAGACACCGUAGCAGUCAUGGCGAGCAACUAUCCAGAAAUGCCGGCCAUAUGGCUAGGUGUCACACGCAUCGGCGGCAUUGCGCCGCUCAUCAAUACAAACCAAACGGGCAAUACUCUGCUACAUUCCAUCAAUAUUGCCCAUUGCGAUUACGUUAUAUAUGGCAACGAAUUCGAAUCAGCCUUCCAAGAUAUAAAAAAGGAUUUGAGCGGAUCUAUAAAACUAUUAAAAUUCACCCGUCGUCCCCUCAACGUUUCUAAUGACUCUGUCAAAGUGGUGGAAUCUUCUAACGAUUUGACCCACUUAUUGGAGACAACCCCACCGGCACCAUGGAGCUUGUCUGAAGGCGAAGGGUUUCUUGGUAGACUGGUAUAUAUUUAUACAUCAGGAACUACAGGACUCCCAAAAGCAGCUGUUAUAUCUCCAUCGAGGAUGGUUUUCAUGGCAUCUGGUGUUCAGUUUCUUGGUGGACUAAGGCCUAGUGACGUGAUCUACUGUCCCAUGCCGUUAUACCACUCCGCUGGUGGUGUCAUCACUAUGGGAAACGCCUUCAUCUUCGGUUGUACUGUGGUUUUAAAACUGAAAUUCUCAGCCUCAGCUUACUUCCCUGAUUGCAUUAAAUAUAAUGCAACGGCAGCUCACUAUAUCGGGGAGAUGUGCAGAUACGUACUGGCCACACCAAAAUCACCCACCGAUAGACAGCACAAGGUGCGGGUGGUUUAUGGCAACGGCAUGCGGCCAACUAUUUGGAACGAGUUCGUGAAACGCUUCGGAAUAAAAAGGGUUUCGGAAUUUUAUGGCGCUACUGAAGGAAAUGCUAACAUUGUGAACAUCGAUAGUAAACCAGGAGCGAUAGGCUUCAUUUCAAGAAUCAUCCCUGCAGUUUAUCCUAUAGCAAUCAUUAAAGUUGACGAGGAUACAGGAGAACCUAUUAGAGACAAACGAGGCCUUUGUCAGAUAGCGGGAGUCAACGAGCCUGGAGUUUUCAUAGGUAAAAUAAAACCGAAUAAUCCAUCGCGUGCUUUCCUUGGCUACGUCGACAAGGAAGCUUCUGAUAAGAAAAUCGUGAGAGAUGUCCUUAGUCACGGAGAUUCUGCAUUUAUAUCAGGGGAUGUAUUAGUAGCUGAUGAGCUGGGAUAUUUGUACUUCCGCGAUCGUACUGGAGACACGUUCAGGUGGCGCGGAGAGAACGUCAGUACAACGGAAGUGGAGGCCGCUAUAUCCAGGGUGGCAGACCAAAGAGACGCCGUCGUUUAUGGUGUUGAAAUACCAGACAUCGAAGGGCGCGCAGGCAUGUGCGGUAUCGUCGAUACGGACGGAUCACUAGACUUGGAUAAACUUGCUAAGGAUAUUGCAAAGGACCUUCCUAAAUACGCGCGUCCCGUUUUCAUACGAAUCAUGAAGACUAUGGAUAUGACAGCUACGUUCAAGUUAAGAAAAGUUGAUCUGCAGAAAGAAGGCUACGACCCCAACAAGGUGACAGACAAGCUUUUCUACUUCGACCCAAAAUUAAAUAAAUACGUUAGCUUAGGUCCUGAAGAAUUUGACCAAAUUGUUUCAGGAAAAAUAAGACUGUGAUUUUACUAAUAAAUUAUAUUUGUUAUUUAUAUUAGGUAUACUCUUGAUAAGUGUUUAUAUGGAAGUCCUAAAAGGGCAAAAUAAUAGUCUAAAGUCCGGCCGCUUAGAGAUUGCGUUCCUGACAGAUCGUGAUCGAAUGGGCGAUGUAACUUCACCUCGAACUGGCGGGAAAAUUUUGAAUAUCUUUUAUUAUCUAACGAGUAAUAACAUUAAACAUUGAAUAAUUAUGCAAACUUACAAUAAACGUAUUAAUUUUGGGCUAAAAUGGUCAGAAACGCAAUCUCUGAGCGGCCGGACUUAAUUGGCAAGUGUCUUUUUCGUGAACGUUUUAUAGAAGUUAUCUUCUUCUUGUUUCUUGUAUACGGCAAUAUGCCAUUUUUGAUGUCAUUGAAAAAUAAAAUCGAGUGACACAUUGAUCAUUGACCAUAUUUUCUGUGACUGUAAAAAAGUUGGCGAAAAAAAGCACUUGUCAACUAUACGUAAGAUAAAAAUGUGAUUUCAUUUAACUAGAUUUUACGUGUACAGUUAUUUUAUUUUAUAAACAAGAUGUUGACUGAUAAAAAUGUUUCACGUUGUUGCCUUGGAAAAUUUUGUUAUAAAGAGAUUUAAAAAAUAUUUUUGUAUCUAAUAUGUAUUGUAAAUAAAUUAUUAUUAUUUGUAAUGUUUAUAUUGGGGAUUUUUUUGGGUAGACACAUGAAAGCUUGAAAUAAAAUAAAAUUACAGAACAAA